CUGCAACCCAGCGACACCCAGGAUCAGUUAGCCUAAACACAACAGCUUGCUUUGGACGGGGGGACGGACGGGAGUCAGCGUACAGCGUCGCCGCCAACUGUACGUUGCACUUCCCGGUUAAUUUUAUCCGUCGCGGUCGAGGGUAUACAGUACACUCCCAUUUCUCCUUCCUCCCAGACCGUGCGCUCUUUCUCUUCCUAAUCUUGUACUUUUCACUACUUCAGUGCUGCCACGGCGAGGAGAGGAGAGGAGGCUUUCCAACCGACGUUUAUCUACACCUCGGAAGGCGAGUGAAGGGGGACACCCUCUUGUCUAUACGUUUAUACGUUACCGUGCUGGUAACGGACCACGCACUGCUCACGACCACGGUAUUCCCGGCUCGGUUGGCACGGGUUAUUAGGACCUAGGACAUAUAAUCUCCAAGCAUUGUGGACCAACCGUUCCAGUUGUAGUAGUGAGCAGCGGGAGUUUGAUCAGAGAGGCACGGUACCCUGGUUUCUAUCCGGAGCUUGUCCCUCUGCUCGCUCACAGGCAGACAUGGAAGAUGGUCCGUCUUCGACCAGCUGUUUUCGAAGGAUCACGGACUGUUUUCUGGGAUCAAGUCUGACGGAUGACCAAGUGAAGGCGUAUCUCUCCCUUCACCCUCAGAUGCUGGAUGAGUUUGUAUCGGAGAGCGUGAGUUCAGAGACUCUGGACAGAUGGCACAAGAGGAAGAGCAGCGGUAGUCUGCCUGCAGAUGACACGUCAUCAGCUAAAGAAGGCAGCAGGCAGUACCAGGACAGUAACAUGCAGAAGGUGGUGCAUGACCUCACCAGUUGUCUGGAACAGCGUCUGGACACUGAGGGAGACACAAAGCUGCUGCUCUAUGACCUGUGUACCAUCAUCAAAACAGCCACAAAAGCAGAUGGAUUUGCCCUUUAUUUCAUGGGAGAAUGUAACAAUAGUGUGUGUUUGUUUAAACCGACGGUGGCUGAGGACGGUCCUCCCACCCUCAUCCCAGCUGGCCCGAUCACGUUUGGAACCACCAUCGCCGCACACGUGGCCACAACACGUAAAACACUGCUAGUAGAGGACAUCACAGGGGACCAGCGUUUCCCAGAAGGCACAGGUCAGGACUCAGACUCAGGGAUUCAUGUUCACUCUGUCCUGUGCCUCCCCAUCCUCACGGCCAUUGGUGACCUCAUAGCUAUCCUGGAGCUGCAUCGGCACUGGGGCAACGAGCCCUUCAAUACCAGCAACCAGGAGGUUGCAACGGCGAGUUUAGCAUGGGCAUCUGUAGCUAUUCACCAAGUACAGGUGUGCAGAGGCCUAGCCAAACAGACUGAGCUCAAUGACUUCCUACUAGAAGUGUCAAAAACGUACUUUGACAACAUUGUGGCAAUAGAUUCUCUACUUGAACAUAUAAUGAUAUAUGCAAAAAACCUGGUGAAUGCAGAUAGAUGUGCACUAUUCCAGGUGGACCACAAUAACAAUGAACUGUACUCAGACCUGUUUGACAUCGGGGAGGAGAACGAAGGCAAACCUGUCUUCAGGAAAACCAAAGAGAUUAGGUUUUCUAUAGAGAAAGGUAUAGCGGGCCAAGUAGCACGGACGGGGGAGGUCCUUAACAUCCCAGAUGCCUAUGCAGACCCACGCUUUAACAGAGAGGUGGACCUCUAUACGGGAUACACCACGCGGAACAUCCUAUGCAUGCCCAUCGUUUCCAGGGGGACCGUAAUAGGGGUCGUACAGAUGGUUAACAAGCUGAGUGGAAGUGCCUUCACCAAAACAGACGAGAACAACUUCAAGAUGUUCGCUGUCUUCUGUGCUCUAGCCUUACACUGUGCCAACAUGUACCACCGGAUCAGGCACUCUGAGUGUAUCUACAGGGUAACCAUGGAGAAGUUGUCCUACCACAGUAUCUGUACAUCAGAGGAGUGGAAGACCCUCACACAGCUGGACCUGCCUACGCCCCUAUACAAAGAGAUAGAUCUGUUUCAUUUUGACAUUAGUCAGUUUGAGGAGCUGUGGCCGGCUGUCUUUGUUUACAUGGUCCAUAACUCAUGUGGAGAGACCAGUUUUGAGUUGGAGAAGUUGUGCAGGUUCACAAUGUCUGUGAGGAAGAAUUAUCGGCGUGUUCCCUACCACAACUGGAAACACGCGGUGAACGUGGCUCACUGUAUGUACGCCAUACUGCAGAAGACCACUGGUAUCUUCACUGAGAUAGAGAAGAAGGGUCUGCUGAUAGCCUGUCUAUGUCAUGACCUGGACCAUCGAGGAUACAGUAACACCUACCUGCAGAAGUUUGACCAUCCUCUAGCUGCCCUGUACAGCACAUCAACUAUGGAGCAGCACCACUUCUCCCAGACUGUAUCCAUCCUCCAGCUGGAAGGGCACAAUAUUUUCUCCAACCUGACUUCCAGUGAGUACGAGCAAGUUCUAGAGGUCAUCCACAAGGCCAUCAUCGCUACAGAUCUGGCGCUCUACUUCGGCAACCGCAAACAGCUAGCUGAACUACUGAGCACGGGAGCACUGGACCUGAACAACCACCAACACAGGGACCGUGUGAUUGGUCUGAUGAUGACAGCAUGUGACCUGUGUUCCGUUACCAAGCUGUGGCCAAUCACGCGACUCACAGCCAAUGAUAUCUACGCUGAGUUCUGGGCCGAGGGGGAUGAGAUGAAGAAGAUAGGUAUGCAGCCCAUCCCUAUGCUGGACAGAGAUAAGAAGGAAGAGGUUCCUCAGGGGCAGGUGGGGUUCUACAAUGCUGUUGCACUCCCAUGUUAUACUACCUUAUCUGAGCUCUUCCCCCCUUCUGGUCCUCUUCUACAAGCCUGCAAGGAGAACCUUGGCCAGUGGGAGAAGAUAGUGAAUGGAGAGGAGGAGGACAGUGGAGUGAGAGGAGUGUGGGCUCCAUCAGAACCUGUUGACCCCAGGGCAGAGCCUGUUGACCCCAGGGCAGAGCCUGUUGACCCCAGGGCAGAGCCUGUUGACCCCAGGGUAGAGCCUGUUGACCCCAGGGCAGAGCCUGUUAACCCCAGGGCAGAGCCUGUUGACCCUAGGGCAGAGCCUGUUGACCCCAGGGCAGAGCCUGUUGACCCCAGGGUAGAGUCUGUUGACCCCAGGGUAGAGUCUGUUGACCCCAGGGUAGAGCCUGUUGACCCCAGGGCAGAGCCUGUUGACCCCAGGGUAGAGCCAGUUGACCCCAGGGCAGAGCCUGUUGACCCCAGGGUAGCGUUUGUUGACCCCAGGGUAGCGUUUGUUGACCCCAGGGCAGAGCCUGUUGACCCCAGGGCAGAGCCUGUUGACCCCAGGGUAGAGCCUGUUGACCCCAGGGUAGAGUCUGUUGACCCCAGGGUAGAGCCCAGCACGGAGGAACCAUCGAACCCUGACUCAGGCCCUGUGAAGGUGGACAACUGACUGGUAGUGAAGCCACUGCUCGCCCUCACUACCACGCAAGUCAAUACGCCCUCACUACCACACGCCCUCAACAUGUUCCCUGCCAGCAGGUGUGUGUACUUCCUGUCUGGACUUCCUGUGUCAGCGACUCAAUUCCUUCUGCAGCAGGAAGGGGCGGGAAACAUGCGUAGGGACGAGGGAAGGUGAUUGGUGGAUUUACUAACAAGGGGAUACUUUUCAGAAACACACAGUUACCUCAUUGGGUGAGGGAAGAGAGAGGAGGUAACACUGAGGGCGUCACCACUCCUAUAGACACGGACGGAGGACAGCAGGGAUGUGUUCAUUAAGCACCAAACGCAAGCAAACUGGCCCGAAACAGGGAGAGACUACCUGGACUGGUCCAAUAAGAAACAGUUGUUUUACGACUUCCGUUGAAAAAUGUUUUGCUACGGUAUGCACUGAUGAAUACAGCUGUGGGGGAUUCGGCACCAGUCACCUGGUCCACCAGUCACCUGAUCCACCAGUCACCUGAUCCACCUGAUCCAUCAACCACCUGAUCCACCAAUCACCUGAUCCACCUGGUCCACCAGUCACCUGAUCCACCAACCACCUGAUCCACCAAUCACCUGAUCCACCAGUCACCUGAUCCACCUGAUCCACCAACCACCUGAUCCACCAGUCACCUGAUCCACCAAUCACCUGAUCCACCAAUCACCUGAUCCACCAACCACCUGAUCCACCAAUCACCUGAUCCACCAAUCACCUGAUCCACCUGGUCCCCUCCACUGGAACCAGUCACCUGGUCCCCUCCACUGGAACCAAUCACCUGGUCCACUCCACUGGAACCAAUCACCUGGUCCACUCCACUGCUUGGGAACCAGUCACCUGAUCCCAUCCACUGCUUGGGAACCAGUCACCUGGUCCACUCCACUGGAACCAAUCACCUGGUCCACUCCACUGGAACCAAUCACCUGGUCCACUCCACUGGAACCAGUCACCUGGUCCACUCCACUGCUUGGGAACCAGUCACCUGGUCCACUCCACUGGAACCAGUCACCUGGUCCACUCCACUGCUUGGGAACCAGUCACCUGGUCCCAUCCACUGGAACCAGUCACCUGAUCCCAUCCACUGCUUGGGAACCAGUCACCUGGUCCCCUCCACUGGAACCAGUCACCUGGUCCACUCCACUGGAACCAGUCCAGACCUGUCUGAAUGGAUCUGUAUGUCUGCGUUUUAGUUUUUAUUUGAUUUUAAUGUUAAUCCAAUUUUUUUGUGUAUUUUGGCUGGUUUGUUUUAUGUUCUGGAAUUUGCAGAGGCCUUAGUCUUUACACUCUAAACCUUUAUAAAAAGGCAGGAGUUGACAUGUGGACUUGUUUGUCGGUUCUGACUUUAUGAAACGGUACCCUAUCUCCUAAAGCACUACUUUUGACCAGGGCCCAAAUUAACUAAAACCAAUUCCUCAUAACUCGCGGACAUUUUCCAAAUGAUCCCCCUGUAGGACCUGGUCAAAAGUAGUGCACUCUAUAGGAGAUAUGAUACCAUUUGGGGUUGCAGCCUAUUGAAAUGGUACUGUUUGUUUGCUUGCUGUAGUAGACUGACUGACUUAUCGCAUGCCAAACUACUUGGAAGGAUGUUGUUGGUUCUAAAAAGAGAGAAAAGAAGCCUCUAGAAUGUCUUCUAGAAUGUUCUAGAAUGUUUUUUGUCACUGUGAGCAAAAAAAUAAUAAUGUUUUAGCAGUACUUGAAUGAAGACAUACAGAAUAUACAUAUUAUUCUUUUCAGAGAUGGCAAAACAGAGCACAAAUCCCCUCACGGCGUCUUAUUAUCAAAUCACAGACAGACAAAGUGUGACCCAGCGGGGCUGAGUUAGAUAAUGUUAACACUUAGCUAGCCGUGUCACACGAAAGUCACAAUGUUCCAUGCAGAAAGGGCCCCUAGACCUGGGUUCAAACAACAUUUAAAAUAAUUUAAAAUACUUUAUCUGGGCUUGAUUGAGCUUGCCUGGCAUAAUGGAAUGAAUAGAGGAGUUGUGAGUUUAAACCCCGCCCAUCUAUGCAGACUAAAGCAAUCACUAAAAGUAUUUGAAAGAUUUCAAAUAGUCUUUGAACCCAGGUCUGCACCCCACCACCAUGCUGCCAGCCACUGGUGUUGCCACAGGAACCUGCUGCUGACUACAAGUCAGUCUUUUGUCUGAUUAUCAGAGCCCAGAGCCAUGGGAAAUCAGUCUUUAGGUUCUAGAACACAGAACUUUGGGCAAUCAGUCUUUAGGUUCUAGAACACAGAACUUUGGGCAAUCAGUCUUUGGGUUCUAGAACACAGAACCAUGGGCAAUCAGUCUGUUUUUAGGCUUUCCUUGUAGCCUGGUCCAAGAUCUGUUUGCGCUAUCUUACCAACUAGAACAGCCCCUGUCUAGUCAAGUCCAAUGGCUGUUCUCUGCACAGAGUUCUUAACACACAGAGGAGCAGGACAGACACACAUUGAUACAACAUUUAUAAAAAAUCUAUAGAUAUCGAUUGAUAGCCAGAACAUUGUCAAGAUGGCUGACAUAAGGAGUACUAUCUUUCUUUUCAUUGCUUUACCCCAUUAUGCCAUUCACAUACAAUAUCAUUUAUAAUUUGAAAACAAAUAUUUUGUGAAAAAUAGUAUAUACCUCAAUAACCUGAGAUCGACAGUAAUGUUCUUUGAUAUUUCCCUGACUAUUUCCUGUUGUAUUCAUAAAACCGUUGAGAUACAGUAAUGAAUAUGAUAUACAAAAAAAAAAAAUGUUUUCCUUUUUUGCAAAGUUGUUUGCAAUUCUCUGCAAUUCAAACUGUUUUUGUAAAAUGCUGAGGGAUGGUGCUGGAGAAAUGUAACCACUCUCAAUAUAAGCCAAAACAGCUAUAUAUGCAAGGACUGACCACCCAUGAUAUCAAAAGGAUAGUAUUAGCCAUGUUUUGAGGCUAUACAGUAAGAUAAGCUACAUUUUUGGGUUCUGAUGAGGGUACUACAGUUGAACUAAGCUCAUGAGCCAUUUACAAGUAAUAUUCGUAAAGGAUCAAUACAGUGGCUUCAGAAAGUACUCAGACCCUUUGAAUUUUUCCACAUUUUGUUACGUUACAGCCUUAUUCUAAAAUGAAUUAAAUAAAUAAAAUCCUCAUCAAUCUACACACAAUACUCUAUAAUGAA